AUGGACAACAUUGGCUGUACCCACAUGACUGAUCAUGGGACUAUUUCCUAUGGUAACUUGGAAAAGCAGAUUCUGGGAGACCCUAGGCGAGUCUUAGGCGCCACGCGGCUGAGCCCAGGAAAUGGAUCCCAGUUCUGGGGUUACGAGGGGAGCUGUCCAGCCCCGCAGGCCGUCCUGAAACCCCAGGAGUCCCUAGCUCAGCCUUUUCCCACCCAAGACGACUUAAAGUCAGAAGGAAAAACGGUGGAGGAGAACUAUGAGACAAAAGCCCACCUUUGCUGGCUCUGUUAUAAGGAUCAGAUGGAUUCUAUCGAAAAGGACUGGUGUGACUGGGCCCUGAUUAGCAGGCCUUAUAGCGCCCUUCAAGAGUGCUUGGAACAGGAAGCAGAGGAGUUCGGCCUGGGCUUCCCCAAUCCCUGGGCAGAACGGAUCAUCUUUGAGACUCACCAGAUCCACUUUGCCAACUGCUCCCUGGUGCAGCCUACCUUCUCAGACCCCCCAGAGGAUGUGCUCCUGGCCAUGAUCAUAACCCCCAUCUGCCUCAUCCCCUUCCUCGUCACCCUUGUGGUGUGGAGGAGUAAAGACAGUGAAGCCCAGGCCUAGGGUGGUGUGAGCUCUUCUGCAGCCAUCUCAUACCUUUCCUCUGCCUCCACCAGCUCUCUCCUCCCCUCCCUACUUCCUUCUCUCAUCCCUACCGCGGAUCUCUAGAUUGGUGGAAAUAGAAGCUGGGUGAGGUCACGGCACACAUUCUGUAAUCUUCAAAAUAAAGUUUGUUUGUUUUUUUU